AUGUUUCCAAGAAUUGAUGAUCAUUAGCCGAGCCAGGAGGCGUGGGUGGGGCAUACAGAGGAGACAUGGCUGACAGAAUGGCACGGCGCAGGGUCAAGCUCUAUGCGCUAAAUGCUGACCGACAGUGGGAUGACAGGGGCACAGGGCAUGUCACAUCCUCAUAUGUGGAACGGUUAAAGGGCAUGUCCUUACUGGUGCGAGCAGAAUCCGACGGUUCCUUACUUUUAGAAUCAAGAAUCCAGCCAGACACCGCCUACCAGAAGCAGCAAGGCACUCUCAUUGUGUGGUCGGAGGGAGAAAACUUCGACCUUGCCUUGAGCUUUCAGGAGAAGGCGGGUUGUGAUGAGAUUUGGGAGAAGAUCUGCCAGGUUCAAGGCAAAGAUCCCAGUGUAGACAUAACCCAAGACAUUGUUGAGGAAAGUGAAGAUGAAAGAUUUGACGAUGUGUCAGACACCAAUCCUUGGGUAGAACUACCACCAUGUGAAAUAGGUAAAUUGGAAGAUAUUAAUGAGGUAAUAAGUAAUUGCCUACAUUCUCCUGUUAGGCGAGAAAAAUUAGCAAUAGCACUGGAAAAUGAGGGCUAUAUCAAGAAACUGGUCUCAGUGUUUCAUACCUGUGAAGAUCUCGAGAAUAUGGAGGGGCUCCAUCUUCUGUAUGAAAUCUUUAAGAAUAUAUUCCUGCUCAACAAAAAUACCCUCUUUGAAAUCAUGUUCGCCGAUGAUACCAUAUUCGACGUGGUUGGGUGUCUGGAGUAUGACCCCUCAUCACCAUACCCAAAAAGACACAGACAGUAUCUCAAAAGUAUAGCAAAGUUUAAAGAGGUGAGAAAAGAUUUCUUGCUUACAUAGGUAAUAUCUAUGUGU